UCACUAGGUCUUUCUAUUCGGACAGAACUUCUUGAAUGGUGCUGAAAUAGGUAUCCUUGCUCUAGUGAGAGCCCUUGAAUCCAUGACGACUCGAUCACCGCAAGCCGCCGAUGCCAAGACUCUCCUAGAUUCCUUGAGAAGUGGCCUUGAGGACAAUGGCCUUAGCGAGCAGCAGCAGAUUGACCUCCUCACUCGACUGAAGAUUUUGGGAAGAACACCGAAUAUCGUCGCACCUCUGUAUGAUGAAUUCGGAAUCAGAGUUCUCCAGGCGUAUGGGUUUGAUGGACCUGCAGGACCUGCUGCGUUGGAGGCAAAUAGGUGUCUGGCGAACGCACUUCUGACUCUGCCCUCUACCCGCAAAAUAGCCCUUCGACUCGCCUUGGAUAAGCAAGCUGCACGAGCUCUGCAAAAGGCAAGCCUUGAUGCAGAGUUUGUGCUGUCUCGGAUACUUUUUCUAUUGACGCUGGAUUCUGCGAUCAAUGUCGAAGCACUGAUUCUGGACUGCGACCUUGUUCCAACCAUCUUUGGACUUCUCUCACAGCAUGCCUUGGCCACGCAAGAAUCUAGUGCAAACAAACCUUCGACUUAUCAAAGCCAGCAGAUGGCUCUCUCUGAGACUCUCAAGUUGUUGUUCAACCUCACCAGCGCCAAGUCUGAGCAGGUCAAAAAGUUCGGGGCCGUCAUGCCCUCUUUGGUGUCGAUAUUGAACCAUACCGUUCUUCCUCAACCGCCACUUCAACCUCCUAUUAAUCACACAAUUCAUGUUCUCGCCAACAUACAAGUACAAGAGGACGAUUUCAAGGAUGUGAGCUCUGAGCAGUUGCAACGGGCUGUUGAAACGAUCACGACUAUCCUGCAAGAUGCCAUUACGCGAUAUAGCUCGACAGAAUUAGACACAUUGGCGGUGCCACUUUUGACCAUCUUGCGGACAAUCAAUGAAAACGCGGAUGCAACGAUUCGGCAAGGAUUGAAGUUGCAGUACCUUCCGCAGGAUGAAGAGCGUGACCUGCCUCUGGGGCAUUCAAGUUCUUUGGCAUCGCGACUCCUGCGCCUCACCACGUCGUCUGGCCUGCUACAUCUCACCGAAGCUAUCUCAGGAUUCAUGUUUGAGCUAUCAAACAAAGAUGCCAAUGAAUACGUCAAGAAUAUAGGAUAUGGCUACGCAGCAGGCUAUCUGAUGUCACACAAGAUUCCAGUGCCGGAUAGUGCGAAGAUUACAGAAGCGGAGCUAUCGUCGGACACGGCCAUCCCUUUCAACCCUAUCACAGGGCAACGGGUGGACCGAGAGCCUGUGCAUGAGCAACCAGCCAUGUCGAGAGAGGAAAAGGAACGGGAGGCAGAGAGAUUGUUUGUUCUUUUUGAGCGAUUGAAGGCGACAGGAGUGGUGGAUGUGAAGAAUCCUGUCGAGGUUGCUCGAGAUGAGGGGAGAUUUGAAGAGUUGAGUGACUCAGACUCAGGCUGAGUGGGAUGGAGAAGGAGAGUGUUGGGAAUGAUAAGGAUGAUGAUGACUUACGAGAAGCACGACAUGAUGGCGCUGCGUUACUAGGUAAUUAACCGAAUAGACAACAUGAGUUCCAAUAAUGG